AUGGGGAAAUGGAAUGAAAUGGGAGAUGGAGAGAUUCAGACUGGAUGUGAGGAGGAAGUUGUUCAGCAUGAGAGUGGUGGCCAAAAAUUGGAGCCUCCAGCAUUCCUGCCAGAGCUUCUUGACACACCUGAAAGAAUCUUAAACAAUGCCACACUCUUCAAUGGAGUCUUUCAAAAUGUGGAAAGUGUUGCCUUAUUUUUCGACUGCCUGGGCUCUCACUUCACCUGGUUACAGUCCAUCUUCACUAACUUCCCUGCCCUGCUCAACUUUGUGAACAAAAUGAAGUGUGUUACUGGGUUUUGUCCCAGGGAUUUUGAAGACUAUGGUUGCUCUUGCCGCUUUGAAAUGGAGGGGUUCCCUGUGGAUGAAGCCGAUGACUGCUGUUUCCAGCACCGUAAAUGCUAUGAGGAAGCGAUGGACAUGGAGUGUGCAUGGGAUCCAUCAAAGAUUUCCACAGAUGUUAGCUGCUCUACUGAAAACCUGACCUGUGAGUUUGAAGAUCCCUGUGAACAAUUUCUCUGCAACUGUGACAAAGAUGCUAUUGAAUGCUUUCUGAAGACACAUAUUAACUCUUCCUUGAGUGGGAUGGAUAUCUCCUUCUGUCUAUCUCUGGCUACAGAAACAACCAGCAAGAGAAUGAUGACAACGCUUCACAUGGAGGAGCUCCUUCAUCAUGAGACUGACAAAACAGAGGCUGUGACUGCAUCUCUGGAAGAAGCUGUGAUUUCUUUUGAGCCCAGUGAGAUUGUCCUAGGGACUUCCAAAGAUAGAGUUACCACAAAGGACCACAGAGGUACAGCUCCAGCUUCCCCUAUCCUCUCAGUAAAAGAAGAGGAUGGAUUUAUGGAAGCUGUGGUCCCAGUAGAAGAGAUAACCACCUCCCCAGCCUCAUUUCCAGGAGAUAUUAACUCAAUGCAAGUCAGAAUUGUCCCCACUGAGAAGAUUCUUACAACCACAUCGGCAAGGGCAAAAGAAAAAGUAUGUGAGCGAUUAACCUUUCUACAAGAGAGAGACAAUGGAAGAGUGAAGAGGGAGCUGCCCCAGCUAGGAGAAAUGCUGUUCUGUUUAACCGAGCGAUGCCCAGAGGACUUUGAGUCUUAUGGUUGCUACUGUGGCCAAGAAGGAAGAGGUUAUCCUACUGACGCUCUGGACAGGUGCUGCUUCUCUCAUCACUGUUGUAUGGAACAAGUUAAGAAACUUGGAUGUCCUGCAGAAAGAAGUUCAAGACCUGAAGUUGUAUGUUUUGAUCAUAAGCCAAAAUGUAUUGGUUGGACCAUAUGUGAGAAACUGCUAUGUGCUUGUGAUAAGACAGCAGCCGAGUGCAUGGCCUCUGUCUUCUUCAAUGAAAGCCUUAAGUUUCCACACAGGCAAGAGUGCCAAGGGGAUAAAGUCUCAUGUCAAAAAGACCCUUAUGAGAGGCCUUCAAUGGGCACAGAAACAGGCACCGAGAUUUCCAGCUCUGAGGAAAGCAGUGAGGAGGAAGGUCCAUUGUUGAGUGUAUUAAGAAGAGCAAAGAGAGAGGCACUCCAAGCUGCUGGAAACCCCAAAACUGUGCAACAUGAAGACAGAUAACCAACCACACCAUGUACACUUGAGAAACGGCAUGGAGA